AGUUCGUUGAAAUAAAUAUUGUGUAGUAGUGUAGAUCUCAAAUCGUAUUUUGAUAUGUCAGUGGUGAAAUCCGACGACAAGGUUGUGGCCACAGUCACACAACAUAUACCUGCUUCAAAAGUUAAAAAGAAAAUACUCGAUGAAGAAUCCUACACAGAGAAUAUCGAAAAGAUCAUCCAGAGAGACUUUUUCCCAGACCUGCCAAAGCUACAGGCACAAGCCGAGUAUCUGGAAGCAGUGGAGAAGAAUGAUCUGGUGAAGUUACGAGAAAUUCAAAUAAAGUAUGGGCCUAAACGACCAGGGACCAACACGCCAUCAUUGUGUAAGAUGCUGUUUUCCACUAUAAACACCCCAGCAACAUUUGAAACCCCAGAACCAGGUAGCACACAUUCUCCAGUAAGGAAGGACGAUAAGCCUGAUCGAGAUGAGCCAGAAACCUCCUCUUCUGAGAGUCAGAAUCCAGAAAAACCUCUACCAAACAAGGUUGGACUCGAUAAAUUCUUCUCCAAAGCCACGAGUGAGGACAACGCUUCUUUCACACAGAUCCUCCAGGAAUCUGAUGUAAAGCUGAGGGAGAAAAACGCCUGGAUGUUUGAGCGAGAGAAUGACAGGAAACAGGAGCAGGAGAAGAAACUGGCUUUACCCAGCAUGGAGGAGCAGGCAGCCAUUGAGCUGACAGUUCCCUCUGGUGUCCAAACCUGGCAAUACAAGGCCAGAAAUCACCUGAUGUACGUUCCCGAAGGUGAGGAGUUCAGUAGUAAAGAGCUGGUGGAGCUACAGAAGAUCAAACCACGGGAGAUUCUACACCAAAACACUCGCUUCCAACAGUCACCCUUUGACUCAGAGAGGAACAAACAGAUCCUGCGAGACGCUGCGUCUGUGCAGGCGCUGAAUCAACAGGGCAGAAUAGGGGCUGAUGGGAAGGAAAUCCUACCAAUGCCGUCUCCAUGCGUGAACGGUUAUGGGUUCGUAGGCACGCCAUCGCCGGCCCCUGGAGUAGAUGCCUCCCCUCUGAUGACGUGGGGAGAGAUUGAGGGGACCCCUUUCAGGCUGGAUGCCAGUGACACGCCCAUCCCCAAGUCUGCAGGGCCAUCAUUCAAGAUACCAGCUGUGCCAAAGCGGGAUAGAAUAGCUCUGGAAUUGGCAGAGAAGGCUAGCAAACAACACAGACACAAGAAACAAGAAGCGCUGAAAAGGGUUACAGCCAGUCUGUCAAGUCCUGCCCCCAAGUUUGGCAUGAGUACCUCAGAUAGGAUCAACAACAUGUCCCCAGCUGCUCAACGAUUGGCCAGCUCAAAACUGGGGAUUCGUUCAUCCUCGGCGGACAAAGCAUUGCGAGCUAGUUACACUCCUUCCCCAUCACACAGAUUACCAGGACAGAAGACGCCAGUCAUGCUUACCUCCCCUGGGUCAACCCCCAAAUCUGUGCGGACACCAGGCAGCACAAGUGAACGAACGUUACGGCGGCCUGGGAGUGAUAUGACGUCACUCACAGACAAUCUGUUAAAUCUACCCAAAAGACCCAGGGCAGCAGAAUUUUUCUGA